UGUCACAUCGUACACGGAGAAAUCAUGGACAAGCGUAUCGUCGCCUUGCUCGGUCUGCUGGCCUUGACGGUCUGUGCCGUCGCCCAAGAUCCGGAAACUCCCGAUGAUGACUUGGAAGAAGAGUCUGGCCGCCUGGAUGUUAUCCGCAAUCUGAUUGGGGACGUGUCAUCCUUCCCGGACUGGUUUCAGCAAAUCAUCGCGAAGAAGUUAGCGGCGAUCGAGGAGCGUUUGGCGAACAGACCCGAAGGCGGUAGACGAGGACCUCCGAGGCGACGAGGCCGACACUCUAGGCUGUUCGUGCCCACCGAGGAGGAGCUGGAAGGCAUUGAGGUGCCGGAGUGGUUUACGAAGGUCAUCGAGCAGCUGAAGAAGAAGAAGAAGGGAGGUCGCCACCCAAGGCCGCCUACAGAGCCAAGAGAGCCAAGGGAGCCUAUCGAGUUCGGCGACGACGUCCCGGAAUGGUUCAAAACCUAUUUUGAGGAGUUUCAGGCCAGGCGUAAGGCUCUGCGCGAGUCCCGCCAUGACCAGAGACCAGAGGGAGGGGACGGAAGCGGACGUAGAGGCCCUAAAAGAGGCGGGGGACCACCGAGACGUCGAGGGGGACGCCCAGAGGCGUAAGCUGUCCGUCACACACGCACCGUGCCAUCAGGAGCUGAGUACAACAGCAACAUGAACCUAUACAAAACGUAUGCCCAUACAUUACUAUGACACGCUGACUGAUGGUCUUUUCUGUAUACUGUACACCCAUUUCUUACUGCUUACUUACACGUCAAAUCUGUACAAAUUUUGUUUUCUUUUUUAAAACCUCAAUUAAUCAGUUUCUUCUGUUUUCUUAUUUUAUUUAAGGAAUAAGUAUAAAUCUCAU